AAGACCAUUGCAGUCUUUUCAAAACUGAUGUCAAGAGAACUUAUUAUUAAUCAAAUGUCAGCUCAUAAAAUAACAGCUGAGUUUUAUUUGCCUUCUCCAUUAAAAUGAGCCUGGCACCGCACAGCGGAUUGUUUCGUGUACCACAGCAGAGAUGUCCUGUGACUGCGCUGGAUGAAUCAUUCACCAGCUUCAACAUGAGCAGCAGUUGCAGUUCAGGAGAAUCCUUGAAGGAUGCAGAUUCAACAAUAAUCUCACAGAAAGAAGAUGUGAAGAAUUAUAGUAAGAUGAAUCCUGCAGAGAAACUAUCACUUUGUGAGAGACGAGCUCAGUCCUUGGCUGAUAGUGAAGAGCAUGACCUCUGUAUCCAGGAGCUUGUGCGUUGCCUUGCACUGACCAGACUGGUUUAUGGAAAUGAGCAUUUUGCAGUGGCCCAAGCCCAGUCAAGACUGGCUAAAGCCUAUUUGCAAUACAAAGGCUGGGCACAUCAGACACAAGAACAUGCGUCCCAAGCACUUGAAGUACUCAGUUCCAGCCAGCAGGAGGAGAGAGUGAGCUGCCUCAACUGCUUCCUUACCAUACACCUGACUCUUGGAAGUGCUGCUCUAGUGCUUGGAAACUUAGCAGAGGCUGAGUCAAGCUUUCAGAAGGCAGAGAUAGUCACGGGAGACAUUGUAGCACAUGAAGCCAUGGGAAAGGAGGACAGAGUGGACACUGAGUAUGAAAUAUUUACAAAUUUAGCAAGGGUGUACCAGCGGCAGGGAAGGCCUGAGAAGGCCCUCAGUCAAUGUGAAAGAGCCUUGGAGCUGCUUCAGGAAGGAGCUCAGCUCAGUCGGAUCUGCUUUGUUUACAGAAAUAUGGCAGCCAUUGAACAGGCACAGGGACAUCUGGAUAGAGCCAUUGAGCAUCUCCUACAGGCUCAUUCCAUUGCUCUUAGUCAGAGUCCCGGGGGUCUGGAAGGGGCCCAGAUCGCUCACAGCUUGGCUCUGGCCUAUUCUUCCACUUCAGAGCCUCAUCACAACGAUUCAGCUGCACACUUUUUUGAGGAGUGUAUAAGUGCAUAUAGAAGUGCACUAGGCCCACAGGACACACUCACCCUAUCUGCCCAAGAUGACUUCAGUCAUUUCCUCCUACUCACGGGACAACAGGAGAGCUGCGCUGACAUCCAAAGAGAGUCUCUGUCCCUUAAGAAGAGCACGUUUGGUGAACUGAGUGCAGAAGUGGCAGAAACGCUGCAGCUGAUUGGUGGAGUGGAGAUGACACAGGGUCACAUGAGACACGCCUACCGGACACUCAAGAAGUGUCUGGAUAUUCAAAGUAUGCUAUAUGGUCCUCAGCACAAGAAAACCAAAGCCACACAAAUAACCGUGGACAUGCUGUCUCAGUCACCAGAGGUCAAUGAGAGACGUAAGGAAAGUCGUCUUGAAAAAAGGCCUCCAUUCUGUGCAGUGGUAUCAUCUGCAUCUGAGGGGACAUCUAGUAUGUCUACCUCAUAACAGCAGUGACCAGCAGGGCUGUUUGUGGCAUGGAUGUUUGACCUCAUCCUAUUUCACCAAGGGAAAUCUGUGGAUUGGAAAAAGCAAGGCAGUGCUUCUAGAACGGCACACAAGCUCUAUUGUGUCUUUAGAGUGCUUGGCAAGGUGACUACCUCUGCACUUCAAAAAAUGAGAACUGUCCAGUAGUGAUCUAAUACACCGUCACAGUGGUUUCUCCAAACACUCUCUGACUGGUGAGCGGCAGGCCUCUCUGCAAAGAGUUUUAAUUCUUACUGGUAUAAUAUUUCUAAGAAUUGAGCUGAACACACAACUCUGUAAGGGUUUGUUUAUUGUGUUUGCAUGUAAACCAAUGUUCAGACAGUGAGCAGAUUAGUCUUUUUAAGAGUAAAACAGCACACAAAACACCCCUUUUGUGAAUUUUAAUUUUGCAAAAAUACCCCAAACCAAUCUUUGCUAAGGCAGUUAAUCAUGUAUAGCAAACUGUAAAUCUGUAGAUG